AAGAAAUUCUAGCCACUUUCACCCCGACAACGUCCCUAGUUGAGGUCAGCAAUACCCCAUCCCCACUAGUUGAGUGUUCUCCCCUCCUGAGAUGCUGGUUUAUGUUCUGAAUCUGAGCCGAGCACAGCAAUUUUACGCUUCACUCUGAUUAAAGUCCCAAAAAGUGCCAAGUGUCAUCAUUCAUUGGAUGAUUUAUUUGUCAACUACAAAUCAAAGAGAUGCUCAUCAAAAAUAGAUUUGGGGAUAUCAUCAUCCAAAGCAGAAGAUGGCGAUAAUGAGACCCCGCCGCUGACGAAGACGUCCAUUUUGCUCCUACUUGUUCGGGCGUUGUGCUUGAGGUACGUUCACGCAGAAGAGGACAAAGAGCUGCAAUGGACGGCGAUGUUGCGGUUGGUGUGAAGGCAAGCAUUCUUAUUUACUAUUUGAGCCAAGUUUUGACUUGGCUAAUGUUAUACUGAGUAAUGUAGAGAGGCUCUGAUGAGCUCAGCAUGUAUGGUAGCAGCCCAAACUCCAUGACCGCAAAUGGCACCGACACAAAGAAACAGCGUCUGGAUGAAUCACCGCCAUCCAGAGUUCUUCACAUUAGAAAACUUCCCAAUGAAGUAUCAGAGACAGAGGUCAUUGCACUGGGACUUCCUUUUGGAAAGGUUACCAAUAUACUGAUGCUGAAGGGGAAAAACCAGGCAUUUCUGGAGCUCAGUACAGCAGAAGCUGCCAUUACAAUGGUGAACUACUACGCAGCUGUUACACCUCAGGUCAGAAAUAGUCCUGUAUUCAUCCAAUACUCCAACCAUAAGGAACUGAAAACAGACUCUGCACUCAACCAGAGAGCUCAGGCAGUGCUCCAGGCGGUUUCAGCAGUUCAGGAUGGAAGUUCGCCUUCAUCUGACCACGGAGUUCUGGACCUUGCUCCACCACCCAGUCCUGUCCUGCGUAUUAUAAUUGACAACAUGUUUUAUCCUGUGACACUCGAUGUUCUGCAACAGAUAUUCAGUAAGUUUGGAACUGUGAUGAAGAUAAUUACAUUCACAAAGAACAACCAGUUUCAAGCACUCCUGCAGUUCAGUGAUCCUGUCAACGCCCAGCAGGCUAAAUUGUCUCUUGAUGGACAGAACAUCUAUAAUGCGUGCUGUACGUUGAGGAUCGACUUCAGUAAACUGGUCAACCUUAACGUCAAAUACAACAAUGACAAGAGUCGCGAUUACACUCGGCCAGACCUGCCUACAGGAGAUGGAGAUUCAAAUAAGGAUCAUUCUUUAUUGGGUACACCAUCUGGAGCGUUAGCUUCUUACACAAGUGGGGCAGGUUACUCAUCCUCUCUCUCCCUCUCGCAGGGUGCAGGAGCUAUUAGCCCCUUAAGUGCUGCUGCAGCUGCGGCAGCUGCUGCGGGACGUGUUGCUCUUUCAGGGUCUGGUGUUUCUGGAGUCCUGUUGGCAUCCAACCUGAAUGAAGAGAUGGUCACGCCUCAAAGUCUCUUUACCCUCUUCGGUGUCUAUGGUGACGUGCAGCGGGUAAAGAUCCUCUACAAUAAAAAGGACAGUGCUCUCAUCCAGUUAUCUGAUGGUAACCAGGCUCAGCUGGCAAUGAGCCACCUGAAUGGUCAGAAGGUUUUUGGUAAAGUGAUGAGAGUGACACUGUCCAAACAUCAAACUGUGGCCCUUCCCAGGGAAGGGCUGGACGACCAGCUCUUAACUAAAGAUUUUUCUGGCUCUCCACUACAUCGCUUCAAGAAACCAGGAUCCAAAAACUUUCAGAAUAUCUUCCCUCCCUCUGCAACACUUCAUCUCUCAAACAUCCGGGAAGGUAUCGGAGAGGACGACCUGCGUCUCCUGUUCUCCAAUAGUGGAGGGUCGGUCAAGGCCUUUAAAUUCUUCCAGGACCGUAAAAUGGCCUUGAUCCAGAUGUCGUCAGUCGAAGAGGCCAUCCAGACACUGAUAGACCUUCAUAACUAUGACAUGGGCGGAAAUCACCAUCUCAAAGUUUCCUUCUCGAAGUCGACCAUCUAAACCCAGCAGCCAAACUAGGAGGUCACUGUCAUUGUACACUAAUGUCAAAUCACACAAAAGCAUCAAAUUGUUUCAAAUUCUUCAUUUCUUUGACCAAAAGACCAGAAGGUUAACAUGAUUGUGAGAUGAUGCUUUGAUCCAUAAACAACUAGUGAUGUAGUGCCUGCCUUGCUGGUGCCCUGAUGUGAUCACUAGUGCUUGAGUAAGGCCUGCUGUCUGAGUAGAAGCCGUCUGUGUUUCGCUUUCUGAGCACUGACUCUCUUGUCACUGAACAAUGUGAUGUGAUUGUGUAUGUCAUCCCCACGCCAACUUCGCUAGAGACGCAGUGCUCAAAUUUAAGCUAGGUCGCCACUGCAAUUAAGAAUGUUUGCAAGGAAAAUAAUACAAGUAGACAGUGCCCGCUGCUCUUGUGAACAACCACAGCGCUUCAAAACUCAAAUGGGAAUACAAUGCACCAGAGUUUCACGUAUUGUAUGGAGUGGACUUUAUAACCGUACAACUGUAAUAUUAUGUUUGGUGAAUCUGUUCUGGACAAGGUUUCAACACAAGUUUUUUGUUUUAGAGAACAGUCUUUAAGCAAAGUACACGUUUCUUUAGUUUAAAUAUGACGCUUGAUGCUCAGCUAUUUGAACAUUACCAUUAAUACUGCACCAUCACCUUUUGUAAAUGCAUUUAUACGUUUGACAUUGUUGGUUUUUGAAAUAAUUCUCUUCAGUUGAGGUCAUAUCUUUGUCUUCAUUGUCAUUUAUUUUGUUUUGUGGGUCACUUUUUUUUUAGGCGAUUGUACCACUUAUAGUGUGCGAAACUUGUUCAGAUUAGUACAAAUUAAACAUUUGGUUAAACCGACAGUUGAAGCAGAAUCGUGUCUUAUAUAUUUAGUAUUUUGACUAUCAAUAACAUUUUCUGCACUCUCAUCCUUCUGUUUAGUAUACUGUUUAAUACUAACAAAAAAAAAUUGAAAGAUAAUACAGUAUGUAUACACAAAAUGUACUGUACACAAGGGCAAAUCUCAUUUUCCAGUCUGGCUAAAUGUUGCUGUUCAACGAAAAUCGAGUACAGUUAAGGCAUUUUUUUUGUAUGUGUUAUACGCAAAAAUCGAGUACAGUUAAGGCAUUUUUUUUGUAUGUGUUAUACGCACAAAUUUACAGAUGUGCACUUUACUGCACAUUUUGAAAUGAUUUAGACUAAAAACGCCUUUAUUAACACGUCAUUUAUUAGUGCAGUUGCCGAAAAAAAAUUCUGGAAUCAUUGCUGCUACUAACUACAAUGACAAGGUAGUGUAUUGUUCAAAUUGUAUAUGGCGGAAAACACUCCGAUGACUUGAAGUUCCGCUCUGAGACCACCAAUUUAGCCAACUUUCAAAAUUGUCCUAUAUGCAUGUGUACAUCAUUGGAAAGCUUAAAACCUCAAUUUUCUGGGGGAAGAAAAAUUUUGAACAGGAGGGCAUUUUAAAAAAAAGUUCUUUAAACAGCAAAACCCUAUCUGGAGGUGAGAGCACGCGAGAACAGAAUUACAGACCCCAUGACUUUAACGAGAUAUUAAUGCGUACUUAGCUUGUUUCGAUCCAAAAACUAUGUGGCAUGCAUCACUAAGUGUCAAGACACAGCUGUGAAUGGCCACAGCUGGAUUUUUGGGGGAUUUUAUGGCUGAAGCAUGGUAAUAUAACAAGGGUCGCGAUGCAGAAAUCACAGACAUCAAGGAGUGGUCGAGAUUUUCUUUUUCAUAUAUUUACCUUUUUAAACGUUUGUUUUUUUUUCAACUUCUUUUUGUUUGGAUCGGUUAUUUGUCAUCUAACAUAUCGGAGAAAAUGCGACAGUAACAAAAAAAAUACAAUUAAGCGAUAGUUAUGAGGUCGAUAUCUGUGACUUUUUUACAGACGCCAUUUUUUUCCCAUUGUGACAUAAUUUGUUUAAAAGUUUAAAAUAUGUGAGUGAAUAAUUUUUUAAAGUCGUUUUUUUUUUUUUUUUUUUUUUAAUGAAAUAUGAGACAUCAAUUAAUGAUUCUAAGCAAAAAACAACAGACAUUUUGAAUAAUAAAUAUAAUUACCGUAAUUACCUUCGUUUUAUGGCUGGGUUGAAACAAAAGCAGUUGCGCGAAGUCUUUAAAUGGGGGUUGUCAGGGUAAAAUGGACAAAUUAAAAAUAGUUCGGGGGCUUAAUGCGCCAUGAAUCUGCUCCGGCAGCAUAUAGACAUAUUGUUCUAUCAAACACAAUAGUUGUUUUGACUUAAAAUACAGCAGUUUCUUUUAAAGAGGAUUGUAAGAGCAGAAUCUGCUCUUUCAGUCUUGUCUGUGUUUUCCGCCAUAUACCGUAUGGUUUUUCGAGACUCAAUCUCGAAAAACCAUAACAUAUCCAUUUCCAUUGACAACUCCACUGUUUCACCCUCCCCCCAAGUCAAGAGCCUAGGAGUAAUCCUCGACUUGCCUGGCACGGCCAGACUGUUCUCCCUGUGUUUUUCAAAAACUGAGAGUAUAGUCUGGGACCCAGGCUAUUAACGGCCUCUCGAGCAAGUACAAAAUCAAUCGACAAAUCAGAUUCGUUUAUUUGCGUGACAUGUUCUUAACGAGCAACGUCACUCUUCCGCGUCGGAAGUCGUCUCCACAACAACACAGAUGGCGAAUGGGAGAGCCGAGAAUAUCAGUAUUAAAAUCAGUUUUAAAUUACCAGAAACACAUCGACACAAGUCAUUGACAACAGUCUGUCUCGCGCUAGCCAUGUUGAAUAAACUCCGCUCUCCUCGUAUGUUUACUUCCGCGCGCAAGUCCCUCGUCCCGCCCGUCGCUGAUUGGUCCACUCCGCUGUCUGUUUGCUGUGGCUUGCUCCGCCCUGGAAAUUUUAUCCGCUUAAUGGUGGCCAGACUCAAUAGCUGGAACACGGUGAGUCUGGAGUACCAGGCUAAUCCUCGACAACACACUUCCCUUUCAAUCGCACAUCAAUAACAUUACCUGGAUUGCCCACUUUCACCUACGCACCAUUAAUCGCCUCCGUCCUUCCCUCACCCCACAUUCUGCUGCAAUCCUGGUUCACAGCCUUGUCACUUCCCACCUGGACUACUGCAACUCCCUCCUCAUCGGCCUCCCUCGUAAAACUCUCCAUAAACUCCAACUGGUCCAGAAUUCAGUUGCCUGCAUCAUAACCCGUACCCCGUCCAUCCACCACAUCACUCCAGUCCUCCAACAGCUUCACUGGCUCCCGGUCCACUUUCGAAGUUCAAAGUUCUCCUCCUCACAUUCAAGGCCAUCCAUAACCUCUCCCCUCCAUACCUGUCCGAUCUCAUUCAUGUUACUACUCACUCCUGUGCCCCUAGAUCUUCCUCCUCCAUACAACUGUCUGUCCCCCCAGCUCGCCUUAGCACCAUGGACUUGGAAUCCACUCCCACCUGACCUCAGGAACACAGAUUCCCUCCCCAUUUUUCAAACAAAACUCAAAACUCGCCUGUUUAGACUAGCCUAUACACAAUAAUCACUUAGUUCUGGUCUUUUUAACUGCCCUUACAUUUCUUUUAGUAUUUUAAAUUUCCUUAUACAUUAUAUACUUUCAUUUUCUUACUUUUAAUAUUUUAAAUGACCUUGAGUGCCAGAAAGGCGCCUUUAAAUAAAAUGUAUUAUUAUUUUUCUGACUAUAAGUCGCACCUGAGUAUAAGUCGCACUAGCCAUAAAAUGCCCAACGAAGACGAAAAAAAAAAACAUAUAUAAGUCGCACUGGAGUAUAAGUCGCAUAUUUGGGGGAAAUUUACUUGAUAAAAUCCAGCACAUAGAACAGUUAUGUCAUCUUGAAAGGCAAUUUAAAAUAAAAAUACAAUAGAGAACAACAUGCUGAAUAAAGUGUACAGUAUGAUAAUGUUACAUGACGCUACAUGAUGGUAUGUUAACGUAACAUAGCUAUUAUUUAGUUAUUUAGAUAACUAUAACAAAGAACAUGCUAACAAGUUUACCAAACCAUCAGUGUCCCUCCAAAACACCGAAAUAAUUUGAAAUGAUAUAAUAAUGUGAUAAUAAUUUCACACAUAAGUCGCUCCAGAGUAUAAGUCGCACCCCCAGCCAAACUGAAAAAAAAACUGCGACUUAUAGUCCAAAAAAUACGGUAGUAGAUUUAUUUUUACCCUGGAAAAUCCUGAUUGGCAAAGUGCACCUCCUUGGUGAUCCACAAGAGGUCACCGUAAGUUUAAUGACUACUUGAGAGCAGAUGUCAUUUCAUGUUCAGAAAUAACCACGACAGAAUUUAGCCGUGACGCACAACUAUAACAUAUCAGCGUAAAUGGAUUUAAAGUUGCUAUUGGAUUAUAUGUCUGUGUCCUCUUUAAUGUGUUUAUUAAUAACAGUGCCAAUGCCGUUUAACUCACAAAGGCGAGGAAUGAAAGAGGAUCGUAUUUCAGUGCGUGCGCCACAAUGAGGUCAUCAGACAACUGUCGCCUCACGCAUAUCAGAUGGUCAAUAGAGCUGCCUUGCUGAAAGCUCGUUGACUUAUCCAUUCAUGCAUCCAGUUUUGUUAUGUACAACAGCGGUGUUUUAUAUUGCCAAAAUCUGUAGGUCAUUUAGGCGCAUUUCAGAGAAAUCUGAGAACUCUGUCAAUGUGCUUACAGUGGAUAAAGUAUCUGAACCUUUUGAAAUUUCCCAUAUUUCUUCAUAAAAUCACCAUCAAAUGUGAGCUGAUGUUUGUCAAAAUCACACAGAUGUAAAAACAGUAUCUG